AUGGACUUGGAUCCCCAAGCCUCGUCCUCCUUGGCAAGUACCCAGAAACGCCGUGAAUCUCCGGAAGUCAGAAUGCUUUCGAAGGAAGAGAAGAUUCAGCUCUUGACGAAAGAGCACAUUCUCCUCUGGAAGAGGUGCGAAGCCGCUCGACCAUCAGGGGCGACAGAGGAGCUCAAAGCACUCCUCUGUCAAGCCCAGGAAAGUCAAAAGACUCUCCAAAAACUGAUUCCUCGCAAAGAGCUUGAAGAGUUCGUCAAGGGCUGGAACCCUUGGACGAUCAAGAAAGAGCUCUACCCGAGCGCUCCGAAGAAAGACGGAGGGAAGAAGCGCAGCUCCUCCUCCAAAGACGCGAAGGUGCUUUACAAAGACCCGAAUCGAUGGAAGAAGGUCAUGAGAGGCUGCAACAUCUCAGAGGCAGCUUACCGCCACAUGGCGGACUAG